GCAAGACCAGAACUACGACGUAACGUUACAUGACGCCUUCCUGUAUUGAAGCUGUCCGAUAGGAAUCCGUGCAGAGAACCGCUGGUAACGCUGAACUCUGGGUCGCCCGCUGGACAGACUGCGAUUAAAAAGGUGUGCUUUCUGUUUCAGCCGCUGUGAUGGCGAGCAGCCCUGCGGUGUUGAUGCGGCUGGUGGCUUCAGCCUACACCGUGGCCGAAAAGGCUGGAACUAUUGUCCGAAAAGUGCUUCAAAGUGGAGAGCUGGGUAUCGUUGAAAAGACAGGAGCCAAUGAUCUACAGACUCUGGCUGACAGGCUUGUUCAGAAGAGUAUAUGUGGAUCCCUGUCGAAGAGCUUCCCUAAAGUCACCAUCAUCGGGGAGGAGGAAUUACCAGCUGAGGAUUUUGAAGAGGAGCUUUUAGAGAACGGGCACAGCAGCCUAAUUCUACAAAAAUCUUGUCCAGAUCAGUAUGCCAGCCUAAAGGAGGAAGAGCUGGUUGUGUGGGUUGACCCUCUUGAUGGCACUAAAGAAUAUACAGAAGCUGCAAGGGUUUUGUACAGCCCAGUUUACAUACAGAAGGCAGAGCAGCCCUACAUCAACCGGCUUUUGGAUCAUGUGACAGUGCUAAUAGGCAUUGCUUAUGGAGGGACAGCCAUUGCUGGAGUCAUCAAUCAACCCUUCUACAACUACCAGAUGGGGGCAGGUGCUUCUUUGGGCAGAACGUUAUGGGGAGUAUUGGGUUUGGGCACAUUUGGGUUUCAGCUCCAGGAAGUCCCAGAUGGUAAAAGAAUCGUCACUACUACACGGUCCCAUAGCAAUAAACUUGUUAUUGACGCAGUGCAAGCCAUGGAGCCUCAUGAUGUCAUCCAAGUGGGAGGAGCUGGGAAUAAGAUCAUCCAGCUGGUGGAGGGAAAGGCCUCUGCUUAUGUGUUUGCCAGUCCAGGAUGUAAAAAGUGGGACACAUGUGCGCCUGAAGCCAUUUUGCACGCAGUUGGAGGCAAACUGACAGACAUGCAUGGUAAUGCAUACAGAUAUGAUGCCAAUGUGAAGCACAUGAACUCUGCUGGAGUGCUGGCAACACUGAGGAAUCAUGAGUACUAUUUAAGCAGAGUGCCACAGGCUGUCCUUCAGGCUCUUCCUUCUGACUGAACCAUUGCAGGAUAUGAAGUCAUACUCUAAACCGUUGUGCCUCAAAGCUGUGAUAUGUCCUUGUCAUAAAUUUUUAAUUUAUCUAAAAACAAA